AUGGUAAACGUCGACGAUAGUGUGUCAUUAACAAUGUCAGUGAACGAUGAAUCAAGUAGAAGUGAUGAAAGUUUAAAACACAUUUCACGAUCGAUAUCUUUGCGAAGUUAUAACAAAUGGUCGCCAACUGAACAUGGUGUAACACUUGCAUGGCGUGAUGUAAGCAUUUAUGCUUCUAAGAACACUCAAACAAUAAAAAGAAUUAUUAAUAACGCGACGGGUGCGAUCACAAGUGGAAGUUUGGUUGCAAUGCUUGGUGGUUCUGGUAGUGGUAAAACGACAUUAAUGUCAGCUUUAGCUUAUCAAAGCUCACCUGGAAUAAUAAUCAAUGGAGAUAUCUUAGUGAAUGGUUGUGAAAUUGGACCUUUCAUGAGACGCUUGAGUGGAUUUGUUCAUCAAGACGAUUUGUUUUAUGGAUCACUAACUGUUAUGGAACAUUUAACUGUCAUGGCUCACACGAAGUUAGAUCGUCGAAUUCAAAAGCAUGAAAUUAAUUUUAUCAUUCGCGAUGUUUUGGAGAGAACUGGUUUAAUGAAAUGUGCUAAUACAAGGAUUGGUGAAGAUGGGGAAGGUAAAGUUUUAUCUGGUGGCGAAAAGAAACGUUUAGCUUUUGCCACUGAACUUUUGACACAACCAGCGAUUUUAUUUUGUGACGAACCGACAACUGGAUUAGAUUCGUACAACGCUCAAAUUCUUGUCGAAACAUUGCGAGAAUUGGCAUUGAAGAGAAACACUGCGAUUUUAUGUACGAUUCAUCAACCUUCAAGUGAGCUUUUCGCGAUGUUUGAUCAAGUUUUGUUUCUUGCUGAAGGACGAAUAGCUUUCUUUGGUGAUCCAGACGAUGCUAUUGAAUUCUUUGCUGAACAAGGAUACAAAUGUCCAGUUAAUUAUAAUCCAGCAGAAUAUUUAAUCAGCGUUCUUUCAACGGAAAUUGGAACAAAUGAAAGAGCGAGUCAAAGAAUAUCAAGUCGAAUUUGUGAUUUUUUCGCUGUUAGUGAAGCUUCACAACAACGAGAUUUAUUGGUGAAUCUUGAGAUGCACAUGUAUGAGAGUGGAACUUACCGAGUUCAAGAUGAAAUGAAGGGAUUUAAACAACCAAAUUGGUUCACCGUCUUUUAUUGGCUUACUUGGCGAUCGCUUUUGACAGUUGUUCGUGAUCCAACCACGUUUCCAAUCUUUCUACGAGAAAUUAAAUCUGGAAUUUACACAACUGAUCAAUUUUAUUUGGCAAAUAUUGUCGCAAUGCUUCCGGGAUUGAUAUUGGAACCUUUGUUGUUUGUAAUUAUCGCUUAUUGGAUUGUUCAAUUGAGACCAACAUUGUUCGCUUUCAUAAUCACUGCAAUAUCAUCAAUUCUUGUAAUGAACGUUUCAACUGCGUGUGGAUGCUUUUUUUCAGCAGCUUUUAAUUCAGUGCCAUUAGCAAUGGCAUAUCUCGUGCCAUUUGAUUAUAUUUUAAUGAUAACAUCUGGUGUUUUCAUAAAAAUAAGUACACUUCCUGAUUAUCUGAGUUGGAUACCGUACUUUAGUUGGAUUAUGUAUGGAAAUGAAGCGAUGAAUAUUGCGCAAUGGGAUGGAGUCACAAACAUUAAUUGUACAAGCUUAGCGGCAACAGAACUGCCAUGCUAUCAAAGUGGAGAUGAAGUUUUACAGCGUUACAGUUUCUCAUCAGAUCAUUUAUACUUGAACCUCAUCGCAAUGUUUCUGCUUUACAUUUUAUUUCAUUUAUUUGGUUACAUUUUCUUGUGUCGAAGAACCAAAAAUCUCUGA